GAAUUAAUCUCAUAGUUAAUCAUCUUAUUAAGUAAAUGGAGACAAUUAUCCAUGCCUUAAUUCUCUUGAGCGUUGUUGCAUCCCAUAUCAUAAUUCUAUGUCAUGCUCAAAACACUACCUUGAUCACCCAAACAUGCAACCAAACACCAAACUACAACCUUUGUGUUUCAACAUUAACCUCGGACCCGAAAACACGUUACGCCAAAGAUAUGAGGGACUUAGCCAUUAUCAUGGUGCUCCAUGCUAAUGGUAUCGCAACCAAAACUCAAAAUCAUAUCUUCGGUCUUAUAAGGAACCGUGGAAUCGCCGGACUGGAGAGGCAACUCCUUAACAAUUGUUAUCAAAAUUACUCCACAAUCAUCACGAAAAGGCUUAUAGAAACUGUAGAAGAUUUGUCAGCCAAAAAGUACGACUUUGCUCGAGAUAUGAUGAAAGAUGUACAACGUAGUGUUAAUGUUUGUGAGGGGAGCUUUGAGAAACCCGUCAAAUCUCCCAUAUCGGUAGAUAAUAAGGCUAUGUUUGAGAUUUCUGGAGUUGCUUAUGCUAUUGUUUCUUACCUAAAGUAGUAAUAAUGUAACAUAAUAUGUAUUACGUCUUUUGGUAAACUAGAAGUUAUUUGAAUAGUAUUGCUACGUAGAAAAACAAAGACUUAUAGUAAUUUGGUUUUCCCAGUUCAAAUGAACAUGUAAAAAAGAAUAAAGUACAUUUUCUUUUU